AUGCUCUCUCUGCUGUCCCAAAUCCUGGCAAACGGCGUAUCACCACCUUCGGCCCCUACGUCCAUCGAGCUGACCCUGCCGGAGGGCACCGGCCCAGAGGCUCUCAUCCCUCUCACCGCGCUUCUCCUCGAGUACCCGGUCGCGUACAUGCUUACAACAGCCGGGUUGGAAUCUCAGGCUAUCCUCAGUGGCGUCGCGUUGGAUGUAUACGAAUGCAUCGUCUCCCACCCACCCUUGCUUCCCAAGGGGAAAGCAAAUACAGAGAUUGGGAGAGGAGAGACAACCCUCGUCAAGUUCUCGUGCCCUGCACAUCUUGCUGGCAGUUAUCCGGACCUGCAUCCCUCGAGAAUGGUUGACAAGGUGAAGGCCCGCUUUGAAGAGCGCCUGUGUCGAUUAUCGUUAGAAGAGGUUAUGGACGUGCGAGUCAAGCAUGGCGUCGAAACUCUAGAUCGUGUCGCCUUGUGA